UCAUUGUAUGACUUGAGACCGGCAUAAGUCGACAGUUGAACGGUUAAGUUUUGUGAUAUUCAGUGUUUAUCUAAUUUGAUCAAUACAUCUAUAAAUUACAGUGCACUAUUCGAAUUAUUCGUGUUCUGACCUGCAAUAAGUAAGCAUUUAUCGACAUAGAUCGUUUUAACGGUUUUGAUCUCAUUUGAAUUUGCGUUUACGUUCUCGUAUCAUCGUAGCCAUGGUUGCUGGUGCUAAAAUGAUGAAUGUGAGGGUGACAACGAUGGACGCCGAACUGGAGUUCGCGAUCCAGCAGACGACCACAGGAAAACAACUCUUUGAUCAAGUUGUAAAAACGAUCGGAUUGCGUGAGGUGUGGUUUUUCGGACUUCAGUACACGGACAAUAAGGGUGAUUUAACGUGGAUAAAAUUAUACAAGAAGAGUGGACUACUUCCGUUCUUGUCUAGGGUGAUGAACCAGGAAGUCAAAAAAGAGACUCCGUUGCAAUUCAAAUUCCGCGCCAAAUUUUAUCCCGAAGAUGUUGCCGAGGAAUUAAUUCAAGAUAUCACCUUGCGUCUUUUUUAUCUUCAGGUGAAAAAUGCUAUUCUUACGGAUGAAAUUUAUUGUCCUCCGGAAACAUCUGUAUUAUUAGCCUCUUAUGCAGUUCAAGCGAAACACGGAGAUUUUCAAAAAGGUACGCAUACUGCUGGUUUUUUGAUAAAUGAUCGAUUAUUGCCACAACGAGUUGUGGAUCAACAUAAAAUGAGCAAAGAAGAAUGGGAAAGUUCGAUUACUAAUUGGUGGCAAGAACAUCGUGGAAUGUUACGUGAAGAUGCAAUGAUGGAGUAUUUAAAAAUCGCUCAAGAUUUGGAAAUGUAUGGAGUAAACUAUUUUGAAAUUCGUAACAAAAAGGGUACAGAUCUAUGGUUAGGUGUUGAUGCUUUGGGUUUGAAUAUAUACGAGAAAGAUGACAAAUUGACACCAAAAAUCGGUUUUCCAUGGUCUGAGAUAAGAAAUAUUUCAUUUAAUGAAAAAAAAUUUAUAAUCAAGCCAAUUGAUAAAAAGGCACCAGAUUUUGUCUUUUUUGCCACUAGAGUUAAAAUAAACAAGCGAAUUUUGGCAUUAUGUAUGGGCAAUCAUGAACUUUACAUGCGUCGACGUAAACCGGAUACAAUUGACGUACAGCAGAUGAAAGCGCAAGCAAGAGAAGAGAAAAUUGCCAAACAGCAACAAAGAGAAAAGUUACAAUUAGAGAUAGCAGCAAGAGAACGUGCGGAGAGGAAACAGCAAGAAUAUGAAGAAAGGCUUCGAAAUAUGGCGGAAGAAAUGGAUAGGCGGCAAGCUGAGUUAAAUGAAGCUCAAGAAAUGAUUCGACGUUUAGAAGAACAUCUUAAACAAUUACAAGCUGCUAAAGAAGAAUUAGAAGAUCGCCAGAAAGAACUUACGGCUAUGAUGGAAAAACUUGAACUUUCACAUGAAAUGGAAGCUGCUGAACGUGCUAAACUUGAACAAGAAAUACGAGCCAAACAAGAAGAAAUACAACGUAUACAGUCUGAAGUAGUAGCAAAAGAUGCAGAAGCAAGGAGAUUGGAAGAAGUAUUUGAAGCUGCCAAAUUAAGACAAGAAGAAGCUGAUCGAGCAUUUCAAGCUAAUACAACACCCCAUCAUCAUCACGUUGAAGAAAAUGAAGAAGGUGAAGAAGAAGGAGAAGAUGAAGUUUCUCAUGGUGAUGUUACUAAAGAUCUUGCAACUGAUGAAUCAAUAAUUGAUCCAGUCGAAGAGCGACGUACCUUGGCAGAAAGAAAUGAACGUCUUCAUGAUCAACUUAAGGCAUUGAAGAAAGAUCUUGCACAAUCACGUGAUGAAUCGAAAGAAACCGUUAUGGAUAAAAUUCAUAAGGAAAAUGUUAAACAAGGUCGUGAUAAAUACAAAACGCUUCGUGAGAUUCGCAAAGGCAAUACUAAGCGCCGUGUUGAUCAAUUUGAGAACAUGUAAAUUAUGUAUGCAUUUAUCUAUUUGCCUGCCCAUUUCAUCCUAUCUUUAAAUUCUCUUUCAAUUUCAUGUACACAUGGAACUCAGUAAUCAUUUAUUCUAUGUGAAAGACGUACAGAUUCGCUAAUUCAUAUAUAAAGACAAUUUAGAGCUUCAACAUAUUAUUUUAUAAUAUUUUUUUGAAGAUGUCUCAAGAUAUAAGUCGCUUACAAUUUAUAAGCGAAAUGUAAAGUUUAUAAUAUGUAUUACUAUUUUUUGAAGACGAUUCUAUAGUCUGAAGUACAGCUAAGUAAAAAAUUUUUCAUAAUUGGCAAGGAACGCGACGAGCGACCAACUUGCGCCGUCUUCCAUAUAUGCUUCCACGUUGAUCGCUGUUAAGCAGUUUUUCGUAAAGCAAAAUAUUUAUAUAUUUUUUCAUAACAAGUGUAAAUUUUCUUGCUGUUUUAGCUAUAAAAUAUUUAACGUUAAUUCGUAAUAAUUUGUUAUUUUAACUAUUAAUAUAUAUUAUUAGCUACUGUUGUUUUUUUUUUCUAACAAUAUCCCUUUUUGCUAAAAUGUCAAGAAAAUGUGUUACAUAAUUUGUGAAUAUUAUUUUAUUUCUUCAAAACAUUACAUACAAGAUUAUGAGCACCGGCGCACUAGUAUUUUCUUUUUCGAAGUAUUACUGUCGGUCAUUAAACAUAACGUCACAUAUAUAAUUUCGUUUCAGUAAUUAUCUUCUCGUCGUGAUUCUUAUCAUGUCGCAUAUUGUCCGUCCUUGGUAAGGAUUUGCCGAGAAAUAUUUUGUAUUUUUAUUUGCUUACUUCUAUUUACGAAUUAUAUUAUUUUGUUAAUAGCGGUCGCUAUGUAUUUAUAUAUACAUAUCAGUUUCAUUUUUAUUCUGAUCAUUUUGCAAUUUACAGUAAAUAUUUACAGUAAAUAUAAAAUAUAAUAUAAAUAAUAAAUAAAAUUAUUUAACACAUUGACAUUUUAAAACAGUACGAAAUAAUCAUCAUUAUUUUUUAAUGAGUUAUAAGUAAUCUCUAAAUAUUAUUCUAAGUAGGUUAAUAAUGUACAAGCGACCGCUUGAUUUAGAAAACAUGAAAUCAACGAUAUCCGUCUUCAUAAAAAGUAGAUAUGUAAGCAUUUCAUCAAAUCGUUUGCGAAAUUAUACAUACUACUUAGUACGAACGAAUUUGAACUAAUGUUUAGUAACUUUAUAUUGAUACACACUCGUGGCCUUUAUUGAUAUAAUGAAAUAAGUAUAUUGAAAUACUAGAUAUAAUAAUCGGUAAUAUAAUAAUAUAUGGAAUAUAGGAAAAUCGCGUGACUCUUUGUAUUGCAUACCUUCAAUAAGGUAAUUGCGCGGUUCCUAUAAAAAUGAUAGGUACCAAGAUUUUUGAAAGUAUGGAAGAAUGAAUGUAAGAAAGAAUGGGAUAAUAAAAAAUAAUGUGUGUAUGAAAGGUCGAAUGCUUGAAAAACUAUAAUAUGUGGCUGUCUGGUACGCCAUAUAUAAGUUUUAGAACAGUUUUCUUUUUAAAAAAAAUUUAGUACGACAAUGAAAUUUAAUCAAGCUGAUACGAGGGAAAAUAUAUAAUGCCUUAUAAAUGCUGCCAAUUUUUUGACGGAAUGCAAACAAAGAGCGUUAUUAUGAAAUGACAUAGUUUUUGCAAUGAAAUAAAAAAGAUGAUGAAAAACUUUAAAAACUGAUCAAUGUAUCGGAAUUCACUUUGUAUUAUCAUCAUCAAUAAAUACGAAAGGAAAA